UUAAAAAAAACUACAAAACAAACUCAAAACUCGCCCGACUGCUGCCUUGACUCGAACGUUGAUCCACAAUGUUGUUAUGAAGAGAAAUUAACUAGAGUUUAAUCGUUUUUGGUAUUUUACUAUUCAAAUCUUGGCCAAUCUUGGCGUUAAAACAAACAAGAGAAAUUGCAAAAUGAAUGCUUCUGAGGGAGACGUUGUGGUUCCUGGAGAUGUUGUCCAGCUGCCAGCUAAGUCAGGUGGAAAAUUAAUCCUUGGCCCCGGCCUGAUGAAAGUGAGGGAGGAAGUUCAUGUGACAAAGUGUGGAGUUCUUAGGAAAGGAGGCAACCACAUUUACUAUGUGGAUAGCCGGCAGAAAAAGUAUGUUCCUGCUAAAGGAGAGUGUGUUCUCGGAGUCGUCACCAAUGCUCGUGGUGAAAUGUUCAGAGUAGACAUUGGCUCCAGCGAUGAAGCGUCAGUAUCAUACCUUGCAUUCGAGAAUGCCACAAAGAAGAACAGGCCGCUUAUCAACGUUGGAGAUGUCAUUUUCGGCAAACUCUUGGUUGCCAGCAAAGACAUGGAGCCAGAACUGGUGUGUGUCGAUUCUCACGGAAAGAAAGGUCGCCUCGGAGUUCUGCCAGAAGGAGGCUUUCUCUUCUCAUGCAGCUUAAAUUUGGUCAGAAAAAUUCUCAAGCCCACUUGCCCUCUCCUGGAGACGCUGGGCAAGGAACUGGCUUAUGAGGUGGUUGUCGGAAUGAACGGCAUGGUCUGGGUCAGGACGAACAGUGUCCGAGAGACAAUACUUGUAUGUAAUGCUAUUUUGAAUAUGGAAACUUUAGAAAACCACCAAAUUGAGCACGCUGUGCAAGAGCUUGUGUAUCAAUUAUCAUCGUGCUAAAUAAAAAUCUUUGUAAGCAAAUAUUUACAUUUUUGUAAUUAUAUAUUAAAUUCAUACUUUCUUGGGUUAGGUAAACAAAUUGAUUUUAAGACUUUUGUCAGUUGCCUUGCUUUAUCACUUUAUUCAAUAUUUACAUAACAAAAUUAAUUGAUGUUUUUUGCAAUCCAUACUUUUGUACAUUGAAAUAAUCAUAGAAAAGGAGCAUCUCUCCAAUAAACAAAAUAACGCCGUCUGAAUUUUUCGGGGGCCAAAACACGAACCAGUUGGCACAGGAAAUGUAUAUUAGCUUUCCUUAUUUGACACUGAAUUCACCAAGCCAUAUGCUGAUGCACAUAUACGCAGUAAUCUUUCUCAAGAGAGGCAGCGGCUGCACUCCUAAUUUUUUCUGCCAAAAAUAGGAGUCAAUUACACGCGCCCCGUAGAAGCGACUGAUUUAAUCAAUCCACAAAUAACAUUCAAUCAGCCACUGGUUACAGGAUAUUUUUGAAAAAAAAAAAAAACUGAAA